CGAAAUAAGUCAAGCAGGACAUCAACCUUAGAUUUCCAAACAAAUUCUUGCUGUUAUUAGACUUGAGUCACGUAGUUUUGCAACGUACAGAAUGGUUGACAGUGUUUAUCGGACACGUUCACUUGGAGUUGCUGCGGUCGGCCUUCCUGAUCAAUAUGCCGACGGUAAAGCAGCGAAAGUGUGGCAGCUGUACAUCGGAGACACGCAGAGCAGAACACAGGAGUACAAAAGUUGGGUGGUGUCGUUGCUUAGAAAACAUGGUUGUCAGAGGGUACUGGAUGUUGCCUGCGGCACAGGGGUGGAUUCCAUCAUGUUAGUGGAGGAGGGAUUCCAGAUGAUGAGUGUGGAUGCCAGCGAUAAAAUGCUGAAAUAUGCCCUGAAGGCGAGGUGGGAGAGGAGAAAAGAGCCUGCCUUCGACCAGUGGGUGAUUGAAGAGGCUAAUUGGCUGACAUUAGUGGAUGACAUUGAAAAACCUGGUGAUGGAUUUGAUGCUGUGAUCUGUCUGGGCAAUUCAUUUGCUCACUUGCCUGAUUUCAAAGGUGACCAGAGUGACCAGAAACUUGCUUUGCAAAACAUUGCGAACAUGGUGAAACCUGGGGGGAUCCUUAUCAUUGACCACCGUAACUAUGACUACAUCCUGGAGACAGGCCGAGCCCCACAAGGCAAGAACAUCUACUACCAGAGUGACUUAAAACAGGACAUUUGCACCUCAGUACUCUGGGUGAACAGCAAACCCCACAUGAUCACACUGGACUACACACUGGAAGUGCCAGACCCCGAGGGAGUGAAGACUGAGCCUCAGACCAGUAAAUUUCGCUUGUCCUACUAUCCCCACCGGCUGGAGUGCUUUAAGGAGAUCCUCGUAGGAGCCUUUUUUGGAAAAUGUGAACACUCUGUCUAUGGAGACUUCAAGCCCUACACCCCCGGACAGCCUGAGGCACCUCGCUACUUCAUUCACGUGGUUAAGAGGACCGCUUAGAACAGACGACACCGACCAAAAAGAGCCCUGUGAUGUUUUCCACCUAGCCUGCUCUACUUGUUUUCUGUAAUGUCUUACCUCCUCAUGAUCUUUUACUCUCCCCCUCCCCUCUUUUUAAUGUUCAACACAAGUGCUCUUGUCCCACUGAAACCCACCAAAAGACUGUCCCAAAAAUACAAAGAAAGGAAAAGACUGACAUAUCCAGUCCACCAAGGUACUCCCUGGAUGUUAAGUGAAAUCAUUAACCCACCCUUGAGAGAAAAAAAAUGCAGGGGUCAUCUCAGCUGGAUACAUCUGUCCACUGUGUUUUCUCUGUGUCGGAGUUAGUCUGACAAUCUACCCUGAUUAGACUUGAAGAAAUAUAAGUGUGAUGUUUUGUUUCUUUGAGCGUCACUAACUGACUUACUUGUAUUUGUUGAGUCUGUGCACAAUCAUUUCUCCAUCCUCUGGAAAGUCAACCACGGCAGUCUGUUUGCUGGUUUAAUGCCAAAGUUUUUCAAAAUCACCUCUUUGUUGCAGUGUCCUCUAAGAUUACAGAAAAGAGGAGGAAAAGGUGCACUCUAAUGUUCGGUACAGAUGUUCUGGUCUUAAAAACGUAUGCAUUGCUAAAUGAGACACCAGUACUUGUGUUGCAUUUGUUUGUGUUUGUUGACCUAAUCUAAGUAGGCCAGUAGAUGAUCAGCAUUUGUGCUAGCCAUUAAUGCUAAUAGUGAAUGAAAGUUUUGUAUAUCCAUUCAUGUGACUUUAUUGUCUCAAUACAUUCUCUGACUGCAACACGACUGUACUACAGUUUGUUUGUAGGAGGUCUGUGGGGCAGUUAAAUUUUCCAAUCGAAAGUGUCAUGGACUCAACUAUCUAAAAGUACAGUCUCUCUCUCUUUUUUUUUUUUUUUUUUUGCCACAAGUCACCUGAGUGCAUCUUUUUCCCCUCAUGAGCUUAGUAUGCUCCGGUGUAGGAAAGAUUUGGGAAAGAAAAGCUUAAUGCUCUUCUCUGGUUUCAAACCAGGGUUUAGACAUUCUGAGCUUUGUCUUGGUUUUGAGCGACGGAACAAAGCUCUGUAAUUACCUGUUGGGCAAGAGUAGAAGGUUUUAGUUAAUCUGGUACUGAUUUUAUGUUUUUAACUUACAUUUUUUUCUUGGGAGAAAUAGUUUGUACUUUGUUUGACAGUCAGAUAGACCUGAUCUUAAUACCAAACCGUUAGCUAACAGGUUCUUUCCAGUCGACUUGGGUUCAUGAGCAACAUGUGCAAAGUCUAAGGAAAACUGGAACAAUAACUGACUUGGCCUUAAAUGACCCAGACUGAAAGAGAUAAGGCAAUCUUUUUCAGUUGCUAUCUCUACAAAAGAACAAAUUGAAAAAUAACUGAAGGGUUUAGUUACGGGUUAAAAGGAUAUUCCACCCAUUUUCAAUUAUACACGUGAGGCAACCUCCAGUGCAGCUCAGCAGUCGAAAUAAUCAUGUAUUGCCUAGCUUGAUUUGACCGGUUUUCAAUCUUUCAUUUUUGGUUGGCAUCAGUUUUGGAGCUUAAAAUGUGCAUUAAACAAAUAAAAAAACAAACACCCCAGUAAUCCUUACCUUAGUUUAUGUUUUAUCAACCGUAUUUUCAAUUUCAGUGUUUAGUAUGUAAUAAAAUAGUUCAUUGUUAUUGGCCUGUUAAAAGGACAACGCCUUACAAUUUAAAACAAAACAGGCAAACUAACUAAAAAACCCCGUUUAACCAGUAAUGCCUGAAUAUGUAGUUUUGAAAUCACACAGUUCCAAAAAGCUUCCUAAAACCUAGAAGCAGGGUCAAUGGAAUGAAUAUGGAUGCCAGUCCAGAAAUCGGUUAACAGAGACAAAGGCAAAAAGUUAGGAGUAGGCGAAGCCAAAACAAACAAACAAACAAAAAAAAAAUCAAAAUCUGAGAGAUGAUGUAUGUGCUGUAUCGCAUUGUUUUAUCACCUUUUUUACUCUGUGUUACUUUCUUUGCGUUUAUGCCAAAUGCUGAAAGAGUAUUUGAUAUGUGAAAAGAUCUCAUUCUGUCACCAAGCCUUCAAGAAAUCUAUAACGUGUUUACAUUUACCAGUUCAGUGUGAUUUCAUUUGCUGGUUUUGAUUAGAU